AAAAAAUCGACUUCACCGGUUGUACCUGAAGUCGAGUUCUUCGGGGAGGGAAGGAGCCAGGCGUUCUAGGGCUUGUGGAGAAGACAAGUUCCGCCGUGGCAGAGAAAGCAACUUCUGCUCAUUCAGUCCAUUGAGAGGCAACAUUAUACCCGCCGUUUAAAUUUCCGUCGCUUUUGACUUUCUGUCACCAAAAAUCAUCAAUACUUCAAUGAGGAGAUGACAGUGAAUUGAGCACAAUUUGGGGAAAGUAAAGGAAGAAGACUUGUUGUUCUUUUCCCUUCAUGGAGCAAGGGAAUCAGAGAUCUCUCCUCCUUCGGUUAGCCUCACUCUUUCCUUGCCCUCCUGGCUUGAGACUGUCAUAUGGAACUGCUGGCUUCCGAGCAAAUGGUUCAUUGCUCAAGUCAACGGUUUUCAGAGUUGGGGUAUUGGCAGCACUGAGGUCUUUGAAAACCAGGGCAGCAAUUGGUUUGAUGAUCACUGCCUCUCACAACCCAGCAUUGGACAAUGGCGUGAAGAUAGCAGACCCACAUGGGGGAAUGAUGACCCAAGAGUGGGAGCCCUUUGCUGAUGAGCUGGCUAAUGCAGAUUCCCCCGAUUCUGUUGUCCAGUUGAUAUUUGACUUUGUCAAGAAGCAAGAUAUUCCAUUUGGACAAGGACAGACUGGAGAGGUAAUUUUGGCAAGAGACACAAGGCCUAGUGGGGAAACUCUUCUUGAAGCUGCUAAACAGGGAAUUAGUGCUGUUGCUGGUGUGGUUUCCAUUGACUUGGGAGUUCUAACAACUCCACAACUUCAUUGGAUGGUUCGGAACAAGAAUAAAGGCCUAAAAGCAACUGAAUUUGAUUAUUUUAGUCAACUUUCGGACUCUUUCAGAAUCUUGAUGGAUUUGAUGCCAGAGGAAGCUGUUGACAGUGCAGUAGAUGAGAAAUUGGUUGUGGAUGGUUCAAAUGGUGUGGGUGGUGAAAAACUUAAAGAGUUAAAUAAGUUACUAUGUGGUCUAGAUAUCCAGGUAAGGAACUCGGGCAAGGAAGGAGAGGGGCUACUUAACGAAAGAGUUGGUGCUGAUUUUGUGCAGAAGGAGAAGGUAGCACCACUGGGGUUCAGCCCCAUUGAUGUGGAACUGAGGUGUGCAAGCUUGGAUGGAGAUGCGGAUAGAAUUGUUUAUUUCCAUGUUCUACCAACAGGACAUAUUAGUCUUGUAGAUGGCGACAAAAUAUUGUCCUUAUUUGCAUUAUUUAUCAAAGAACAGCUAAAUCUCUUGGCUGGCCAUCCAGUAAAGCUGGGUGUUGUACAGACUGCGUAUGCUAAUGGGGCAUCUACAGAUUAUCUGAAAAAGCUUGGCUUAGAGGUUUUGUUUACAAAGACAGGUGUCAAGUAUUUGCAUGAGAGAGCUUCAGAGUAUGACAUAGGUAUAUACUUUGAGGCAAAUGGACAUGGAACUAUUCUGUUCUCAGAAGAAUUCUUAAGGUGGCUGGAAGUUAGGAGAAGUGAGCUGGCAUCAACAAAAGCAGGUUCUGAGGAACAAAAAGCUUCUGAAAGACUGUGGGCAAUCAGUUCCUUGGUGAACCAGGCAACAGGAGAUGCUUUUAGCGGACUCCUUCUGGUUGAAGUGAUUUUACAAUACAAAAGAUGGUCCGUCAAAAGAUGGAAUGAACUUUACGAAGAUCUGCCCAGUAGGCAGGUUAAGGUAAAGGUGAAAGAUAGAAAUGCAGUAGUUACUGAGAAUGCUGAGACAACAGUUGUCACACCAAAAGGCCUUCAAGAAGCCAUCAACUCAGAAAUUGCUAAGUACACUCAAGGGCGAUCAUUUGUGCGUCCUUCUGGAACAGAAGAUGUGAUACGUGUUUAUGCAGAAGCAUCCACACAAGAUGCUGCUGACUCGUUAGCACAGUCAGUUGCCAACCACGUUGACUUCUUUCUUGGUUGUGGCUGCACCACCUCUAAACAUUGAUGGAGUUCUAAAAUUCAUCAAGGUAGACUUUAUCAUUGAAGAACUCCGGAAUAUUUGUGUGGUGCCUGGGCACCAAAUGAACCUUCUAGAAAACGAUUUGAUUCAUCAGGUGGCUUGUUUCGGCAUUUUUGGUGGUAGUUCUAAUUUUUUUGUUUUAUAUUCAAAAUUUAAUGUUUUCAGUCAGUAGGCAAUAAUCGGUACUUGAGUCUCAAAAGUUGAGCUCGUCAACUUUUAAAAGUUGAGUGACAAUUUGUAAUUUGCCAAAAUUUAUGCACAAAUUUGUGACUUUUUAUUA